GAAGUCAGUCUUCCCCCUCCGGCCUUUUUUUUUUUUCUUUCUAAAUUUCUGCCAUUGCUGACCCUUUCGAGUGAUUACUAUAGGUUUCACGAAACCCUAAACUCCCGAUUUCAUUCACUUUCUGAAAUCGAAGAUUCUUCGGUUUUGAUUCCUGGUCCUCGAUUUUUCACUCUUUUUGCGCCUUCCAUGGCGCAUCAAGGUUCCGAUCACGCGAGCUCGGUUCAUCAGAUUUGGUUUGGUGCUUCAUAGGGCUAAUCCUCCUGCCAUGGAAGAUCCAAACUCAAUGACCAUUGAAUUUCUUCGUGCACGUCUGCUUGCUGAAAGAGCUGUUUCAAAGAGUGCAAGGGAGAAAGUUGAUGAACUUGCAAAAAGGCUAAUAGAACUGGAGGAGCAGCUGAAGAUUGUUUCUUUACAGAGAAAGAAGGCAGAGAUGGCAACUGUUGAUGUCCUUGCAAUUCUCGAAGAAAAUGGAUUUACUGAUGUUUCAGAGACAUAUGAUUCAAGCUCUGACCAUGAAAGCGUCUCUCAAACAAAAUCGGAUAAAAGUUCAACCAAUGUAGUGCAAAUAUCAGUGGAUUCGGGGGUAAAGAAUAACGAGAUUAAUGAGCUCUCUGCAUCUGAGUUUGAUUCUUUUCCAGCACCUGGCAAAGGAAUAUCCUGGAAAGGCCGCAGGAGCAAACCAAGUUCUUCAGAAAAGGUCAAGGAAUAUCGUACAGGGAGACAAAGAAGUUUUGAGUCUGUCUAUCUUCCCUCCCCAAGAACUCGACAAGGCAAAUCAUGUCGACAGAUAAGACACAGUGAAUCAAGAUCUGUAGUUGAGGACUACAAGAGAGAUAGAAAUGCAUCGGAUCAUCAAGAAAGCAGUGUUAAUAACUCUGAGAUGCUCUACGAGGAAGCUCCUAAAACUGUGCCUAAUGCUGCUGAUUUGAAGAAAAAUGGACAUCUGCAGAAAGUUUUCAGUUCAAACUGUUUAGAGAAACAAACCAGUUUGGAGAGAGCGUUAGAAAACCGUGCACGUGUGAUUGGAUGCUUUGGAGAUUUGGAAAGGACUCAAAGAGAAUGGGAAAUAGGGUUCAGAGAAAGCAACAUUUCUGCCCUGGAUUUAUGUGACCCAGGAAACCAUUCAGAUGUGACAGAGGAAAGUAAUGAGACCAAGACCAAAGUUCAGCAUCAAGGUGCUGCAAUAGUCACCUCGGUCCUUGAAGCAACAUCAAAAACCGACGUUGAUUCUGCGGAAUUAUGUCAAACUCCUUCACGUCUUUUCCCCGGCAACUCCGUAGUAUCACAGGAUAACCAGUGUCCAACUUAUGUCUCAAAAUCCAUGGAUCAAAGUAUUCCUUCUCAGGGGCACACAGCAGAAUAUAUUACCGAGUCUACGAAAAGUAGUGGUUUCUUUGAGCUCUCUUCGUCACCUAAUCUGUCAGCUCUGGCGCAACCAAAUUUAGGAAGUGCUGCUAUCAUUCAGGCAGGUGCUUAUCCAUUGGCUCCAGUGGCAGGGGCGAAUUCUAGUUCCUGUGAUACAGUGCUCAGAGCGCUCAGACAAGCCAGGUUGUCUCUGCAGGACAAAGUCAAUAAUCCACGUCUUGCAAAAGCUGGGUAUCUUUCAGAAGGUUCAUGUUCUUCCCUGCCGGUUUCCACAAUAAAUAUAUGCACUAUACCACCAGAGCCUUCAAUCGUCGGGUCCAUGGCUGAGGUUCCUGUGGGAUGUGCUGGACUAUUUCGGGUACCCAUUGACUUCUCCUCUGAUGCUUUGAGUUCUCAGAAAAAUUUGGACAGUUACGUGCAGAAGAUAGAUUUACCUCUACUUCCCCAGGACUAUCUUUUCACCGAAACAAUCCGAAAGAGCCUUCCAAGCAUGAGCUUGCAAAGCCAUUUACGUGAUACAAGUGACCGACUUCCGACCACCCCUCAUAUCGGUGGAUCAAAACUGUGGAUAGGCUUCAGCUCAGAUGAUCCACUGAUCGAUGAUCCUCAACGUUUCAGACCCUAUAAAAGCACACCAAGUGUUUCAGACAGCCACAUAUCUUCUGCAACAUCUGCUUGGGAAGGUAACAGAACACCACCCACUAGCUCCAGUUUAGAUAGACAGCUAAAUACGUAUACAGGCACGUCGAAUGUUUAUCUUCCCUCAACUUCAAGUCAAUCUUAUCGUGAUCCAUCACAGUUCGGUACAGAAAGGUUUUCUGCUCCUUAUACAAUCUCCUCGGCUCGGCUGCUCCCCAUUGAUCGUCUUGGACAUGAUGAUUAGAGACGCACUGCAUCGAGGUGGUGACAGGUUUGUUAGGAGCAAUACCUGUCAUGGAACCAUGGAUUUAUGUAGAGUGUUGUUGUCAUAUGAUGUUCCUCUUCCAUCAUCAGUCCCACUUGAUCUGCAUAAUGAUUUCAUGUAAAGAAUUACAGUAUGUUGUUUACUAUUCCGUCUUGCACUCGGAAUGGAAUGAAUUUUGGGGAGUAAAUCUCUCUGUUAGUCUGGCUUGAAAAUACGGUAAUGCAAACUUACAUUUUAUUUGAUCGAGAUAA